GAAAGUCAGAGUCAAGCGUAGAAACUUUUGCCUUAUGUGCAAAUACGUUUUGAACUAGACAUCCUGGCUUUAACACAGGAUGUAAAUACUCUCUAAAUUAUUGUGAUAAGGAGGUGAUUGCGCAGUUGGCUAAAUUGCGGAUUAACGAACAAGGGUAAAUCGAAAUUGAUAUACACUUCGAGGACUUCUGUUAUUAGCCUCUUCGAUUCCUCGAGAUAAUUGAGCAUCCUUCAAAAUGCAACGCGUGAAGUAUGCCGACAGUGGCGUCUUCAGUUGCUCACAGACUCGCGGCUUACCGGGGUUGCCUCCUUUACCGCCAUCUCACGAAACGCCUUCAGAAUUAUAUCAGAUUGUGUUACGUCACAGUGAGCAUCCCCCUAUAAUGAAGGAUCCCUCCUGGACCAGAGCGGCACCCUUCAAAGAGACAGCCCAUGCUAGGACGCCUAGUGAAUCAAUUGGUAAUAACUACACACCAACAGCAAGCAGCCUGAAGAUUAGAAAUUUAGCCAAAGUACAGCCUCCAGUCAGACCACCUUCAAGAAUUCCAGCACAGCAAGGUUCUAAAGAACCAACAUCACCUAGGAAAAGACCUGUUGUGGGUCCACAUGCCAGAAGUAAAUCAGAAGGAGAAAAACCUCUAUUACCACCCAGCCGAGCCAUGACUCCAGCAGAGCAGUUGGAUAUCAUAAGAUCCUGUGAAGUUGUAGAAAGUGUGGAUGAAGGGGAAGUAUCUAAGCGUGACUUAGAGCGUUACCAGUACUACAUUUCCCGUGGAGUACCUGAUCACUCCCUCGCAGCACAGGAUCAAGAAAUAAUGGAGAGAAUAGUGCAAAAAAGAAUCCCUGAUAAACUAGCAAGAAAUGCUGAACUUGAUCCGCUUAUAACAAAACUCAAGCAAGAAGUUGGCGGAGACUAUGACUUCAGUGUACGCAAGUCUAUUGUUGACUAUAUUCUCAUGGAUCCUAGUGAAAGACAAAGACUACACAUCAAAGAAAUACCAAAACCUUUUCCUCAGAGGACUGUUAGAGCUCCUGUUCCAUGGCACAAUUCAUAUCGAUUGGCGAAAGAGGCCUGUACAAAGAACUUGUUUAUCACCAACCCAGUGAUGAUGAAGAUUCAGAACCUCUGGUAUGACAGUUUCUCCGAGGUGCGUUUUGUGGAUGGAGACCAGCUACUUGCAUCAGGGCUUCCUGUUACACCGGCAGAGUUUGAAUUGCUUGUUAAACAGCAGUGUGCAAAGACAAGAGAAUUCCUUAAAAGAACAUGGAUUCCUGCUUGUGCCAAAAUCCUUAUUGAACAACGCCAGGAGUGGAUGCACUUAGUGCCAAGUUCUGAGGGUGAAUCUGCUACUCUUGUGCAGCAGUUCUUUGCAUGUCUUGCGGCUCUCAUGUCAACACAACUUCGAAGUUUAGUCAUCAAUUCCCUUGCAGACUUUGUCAGGUUUCUAAGCAUGUACAAGGAUGGGAAUGACUUUGGAGAAAAUUACUCAGACCUUCGAUAUGUCAUGACUGAGAUUAUGAUUGUUCAGCUGAAAAUUGACAGUGGAAAGUUGACAUUUGAUCCUCCGUUCAGAGAGUUACGGGAUAUCUUGCUCAGACUGCUGACAGACAUUGUUCAAAAUGCUGAAGACCUACCUAGGGUUGAAAUUGAACUAUUUCCUGACAUGAAAGACAAAAAGCUUUUUCUGCGCUCUGUACAUGUUGAUGAAGCUCUUGUUCAGGACUACAUGGAUCAGGCCGUUGAUAUCUUUAAACUCAACACUGUUGGACCUCAAAAGUAUCUAAACACAUACAAGAAAUAUCAGGACUUGCUUAACAACAAAGCUGACACAGAGAUUAACACUUUCAUUCAAGAUGAGCCAGUUUUGUUGGCUUUAUCCAAGAAAAUUGAUUCCUACCUGAACCUGUCCAAGGAGAUCGCCUCCUUACAUAUUACUGUUCCUCUAAAUAUGCUCUGUUUGAAUUGUGAUGAUGUCAACCAGGAACUAUCUGCCCGUGCUGCACGACUGGCUGACAGAAUGAUACAGUAUGUUGUGGAUCAGAACAGGGACAAAAAUAGAGGGUUGUGUAAAUCGUAUGAUGAGAUAUCAGACAAGGUGCAGGAGAUGCCAGAUAACACAAGUGACUUGGUAGCACUGACCCAGUUCUUGGAGAAUGCCAGUUCUGUUACUGUCGUCAACUUACAGACUGCUGUUGAUGAGGCUGGAGAGAGGCUGCUGUUUUUACUUGAUUAUGCAACACUUCCAUACGAAGACCUAAAACUGAACAGCACUGUAUUUCACUGGCCCGAACAUAUUCAGAAAAUCUUUGAACUCAGCAAAAACCGAAUAGGACACAGGAAGGAUCUGGCUAUGGAUGAAGUCAAAAGAAAAGUCAAGGCGUUUGAAGAGAAACUCAAUGGAUACAACAAAGAAGUCGAAGCCUUUAGGAAGAAAGAGAUCAUGGCAGCUGAUGAGAUGAAAAAGAACGUUGAGAAGCUCGAUGAACUAGAGGAGUCACUGAAAAAAGCGCAGGAGGAAUUGAUUCAAUUAAAUACUGAAGAAGAAUUACUGGAAUUUGAGGCCACACAGUUCCCAAUACUUCAAGCUAUGAUUGCAUACAAAGAACCGUACGAAAAACUGUGGAGGACAACGCUGUCUUUCCACAACAAGAACGAGGCUUGGCUCAAUGGUCCAUUUACGGACAUAAAUGCAGAGGAGGUUGAGGAGGAAAUUGGUGGCAUGUACAGAACAGUAUUGAAACUGACCAAGACAUUUAGUGAUGCCCCAGGCCCCAGACGAGUGGCUGAUAGUGUCAAAAGUAAGGUGGACAAGUUUAAAGUUCACAUUCCACUGUUGCAGAUCAUUUGUAAUCCUGGAUUGAGAGAACGACACUGGGAACAGAUGAGUGAAGUUGUCGGGUUUGACAUCAAACCUGAGCCAACGACCUCCCUCUGUAAUAUGCUGGAAUACAAUCUUCACAAGUUCACUGAAAAACUUGAUGAGAUAAGUGGUGCGGCCAGCAAGGAGUUUGGUCUGGAGAAGGCCAUGGAGAAAAUGAAGGUUGAAUGGAAAGAUAUGUACUUUGAACUCAUUCCCUACAGAGACACGGGUGUGUCAAUCCUGUCCGCUGUGGAUGAUAUUCAGCUGUUGCUUGAUGAUCAUAUUGUCAAAGCACAGACCAUGAGUGGUUCUCCGUUUAUUAAACCUUUUGAGGCAGACAUUAAGGAAUGGUGCGAAAGGCUCAUUGAAAUGCAAGAUAUCAUUGAUGCAUGGCUCAAGUGUCAGGCCACAUGGUUGUACCUGGAACCGAUUUUUAGCUCAGAGGAUAUCAUGGCACAGAUGCCCGAGGAGGGAAGAAAGUUUGGAAUUGUAGACAGCUACUGGAAAGACAUCAUGAGUGAAGCGGGAAAAGACACACAAGUGCUUGUGGCUACGGCUCAGCCUAACAUGUUGGGAAGACUGAACGAGGCUAAUCAACUGCUUGAGGAGAUUCAGAAGGGUCUUAAUGCCUAUCUGGAGAAGAAACAGCUCUUCUUUCCGAGGUUUUUCUUCCUAUCAAAUGACGAGUUGUUGGAGAUCUUGUCAGAAACCAAAGAUCCUCUACGAGUACAGCCGCAUCUGAAGAAAUGUUUCGAGGGAAUAGCAAGACUUGAGUUCACAGAGGAUCAGGAAGUGGUGGGAAUGAUCAGCGCCGAGAAUGAAACUGUUCCCUUCUCCACUAAAAUCAUCCCAGCCAAAGCUAAGGGAAUGGUAGAGAAGUGGCUGAUUCAAGUUGAAGAAGUCAUGAUCAACAGUCUCAAGAAAGUUACAGAAGAUGCAGUAAAUGCCUAUAACCAGACUCCCCGGGGCAAGUGGGUCCAAGAGUGGCCUGGGCAGAUAAUUUUGGCUUGUAGCGGUAUAUUUUGGACUUCCGAAGUUUCACAAGCCCUACUGGAGAAAGAUGGCUUAAAGAAUUACCUUGCCAAGUCUAAUUCUCAGAUCGAGACCAUUGUUGCCCUUGUCCGAGGGAAACUGGAUUCUGGUAUCAGGAUCACGCUUGGCGCACUCACUGUAAUUGACGUGCAUGCUCGUGAUGUGGUGGCAAAGAUGUACAAAGAUGGAGUCAACAGUAUAAAUGAUUUCCAAUGGCUGUCACAGCUCAGAUAUUACUUUGAGGAAAAGAAGACCAUAGUGCGAAUGAUAACAACCAGUAUUGACUAUGGAUAUGAAUACCUUGGUAACAGUGGUCGUUUGGUGAUCACACCUCUCACCGACAGAUGUUACAGAACUCUGAUGGGCGCCAUUAAACUCAAUCUUGGUGGCGCUCCCGAGGGGCCUGCCGGGACAGGUAAAACAGAAACCUGUAAAGAUCUGGCUAAGGCUGUUGCCAAACAGUGCGUGGUUUUCAACUGUUCCGACGGCCUCGACUACAAAGCCAUGGGUAAAUUCUUCAAAGGAUUAGCGCAGGCGGGGUGCUGGGCCUGUUUUGACGAAUUCAAUAGAAUCGAACUUGAGGUGUUGUCUGUAGUAGCGCAACAGAUUCACACGAUUCAGAAAGCUAUCGCAGACAGAAAGGCGAAGUUUAUCUUUGAGGGAACCGAACUUGUGCUCAACCCAACUUGCACAAUGUUUAUCACGAUGAACCCUGGCUAUGCAGGGCGACAGGAGCUGCCCGAUAACCUCAAGGUUCUUUUCCGCACCGUGGCGAUGAUGGUUCCUGAUUAUGCAUUAAUCAGUGAAAUCUCUCUCUAUUCCAUGGGAUUCUUGGACGCACGAAGUUUGGCACAGAAGAUUGUAGCUACGUAUCAGUUGUGUUCAGAGCAGCUCUCGUCGCAGUCUCAUUACGACUAUGGCAUGAGGGCUGUCAAGUCUGUCCUUACUGCUGCUGGGAAUCUCAAGCUUCGUUAUCCAGACGAUGAUGAAGCGGAGCUUAUGUUAAGAGCUGUAUUGGAGGUCAAUCUUGCCAAGUUCUUGGCACAGGAUGUGCCUUUGUUCGAAGGAAUCAUCUCGGACUUGUUUCCCGGCACCAGUUGGCCCAACCCUGACUACGGAGUGCUGAUGGACGCUCUCAGAGAAAACUGCAAGAUUCGUAAUUUACAGGCGACAAAGUGGUUCCUUAAGAAAAUCAUUCAAGUUUACGAGAUGAUGAUUGUCAGACAUGGUUUUAUGAUAGUUGGAGAUCCGCUCGGAGGGAAGACAAUGGCGUUCAAGGUGCUGUCUGAUGCAAUGUCAGAUCUCAAAAAAGCAGGAUAUCCGUAUCAAAAGGUGAUUUACAAGAUCAUAAAUCCCAAGUCCAUUAGCAUGGGUGAGUUGUAUGGCUGCUUUGACCCAGUCUCCCACGAGUGGUCAGAUGGUGUCCUAGCGAACUCUUUUAGAGAGCAUGCGUCGUCCACCACAGAGGACAGGAAAUGGUUGAUCUUUGAUGGGCCUGUAGAUGCUGUUUGGAUCGAGAACAUGAACACUGUGUUGGACGACAACAAGAAACUGUGUUUGAUGAGUGGUGAAAUAAUUCAAAUGAACAACAAACAGAGUUUGAUAUUUGAGCCUGCAGACCUGGAGCAAGCUUCUCCUGCUACAGUCAGUCGUUGUGGUAUGAUCUACCUUGAACCACACCAGCUUGGUUGGGAACCACUGAUGGAUUCCUAUAUGAACACGCUUCCUAAGAGCUUGAACGCGGAGCAUUUGGAAACCAUCAGAGCCUUGUUCAUGUGGCUUGUACAGCCAUGUUUGUCCUUUCUCCGCCGUGAGUGUAAGUUUUUCAUCAAUACGUCCAACAUGCAUCUCGUGAAUUCCUUUAUGAAUCUGUACACGUGUUUGUUGGAUGAAAUCGCCAUGCAAGAUCAAGCUGAAGGCGCUGACAGAAUGUCAAGCUCACAGAUCACCAACUGGCUUCAGUGUCUGUUUAUCUUUGCCCUGGUUUGGUCCAUUGGUGGCACGAUAAACGGCGACAGUCGCAAGAAGUUUGACGCAUUUUUCAGAUUGCUGAUCAGCGGAACAGAUAAAGAUCACCCCAAACCCAACAACAUCAAGAUGACCAAGGUCAGCGAGCUGAUGAUUCCUACCGAUGAAACUGCUCGGCAGAUGUUUUUCUUGGAAGCUUUCCUCACUCAUGGGAAACCAUUGCUGUUUAUUGGUCCGACGGGAACAGGAAAGUCCGCCAUUACUAACAACUACAUCGUGAGGAUGCCGAAAGAAAAGUAUCUUCCGAUCAACAUAAAUUUCUCCGCGCGAACCAGCGCAGGCCAGUCCCAAGACAUCAUUAUGGCCAAGCUGGACAGGCGUCGUAAGGGAGUGUACGGUCCUCCUCCCGGUAAGAAAUGUGUUGUGUUUGUCGAUGAUCUCAACAUGCCGUCUAAGGAGAAGUAUGGUGCCCAGCCCCCUAUUGAGUUGUUGAGACAGUGGUUGGAUCAUUCUCACUGGUAUGACCGCAAGGAUACAUCCAAAUUGGAACUCAUGGAUAUGCUGUUCGUGUCAGCCAUGGGACCCCCAGGUGGCGGCCGUAAUGACAUCUCUGAUCGGUUUACUCGCCAUAUGAAUAUCAUAUCCAUUGACUCAUUUGAUGAUAACACCAUGACCAAAAUAUUCACCUCCAUUGUGGACUGGCACUUUGCCAAAGGAUUUGACUCUUCCUUUGGAAGACUGGGAAAGAUCCUUGUUCAAGCAACAAUGCACGUGUACAAGUCUGUCGUGGAGAAAUUCCUUCCCACCCCCAGCAAGUCACACUACGUCUUUAAUCUGCGUGACUUCGCGCGUGUCGUGUUUGGAGUGCUCCUUGUUCCCUCCACGCACCUCCAAGAGGGAGACAAGUUGAUUCGACUGUGGAUCCACGAAGUGUACCGAGUGUUUUACGAUCGGCUAAUCGACAACAACGAUCGAGUGAUGUUCUUCGAGAUGAUGAAAGAGACAACUAAACAACAGUUUAAGAAAGAUAUGGAUGGCUUACUGGACCACAUUGUACCAACAGGGCAGAAACUCAAGGAUGAUCAUAUCAGGAGUUUAUUUUUUGGUGACUACAUGGUCCCAGAUAGCGCUGAACGAAUCUAUGAUGAAGUUACUGAUAUAACACUGUUGACCCAACAGAUGGAGGGGUAUCUAGAUGAGUUUAAUCAGAUGAGCAAGACGCCCAUGUCUCUUGUUAUGUUCAAGUUCGCCAUUGAACACAUCUCGCGAGUAGCUCGCGUGUUGAAACAAGACAAUGGACACGCUCUUCUUGUUGGUAUCGGAGGUAGUGGUCGUCAAAGCGCAACCCGUUUGGCUACAUUCAUGGCGGACUAUGAUCUUUUCCAAAUUGAGAUCACUAGAAACUACACCAAGAAUGAAUGGAGAGAGGACGUCAAAAAGAUGCUGAUCAAAGCCGGAGUGGACGGAAAGCAAACAGUGUUCCUGUUCAGUGACAAUCAAAUCAAGGAAGAGUCAUUUGUGGAGGACAUCAACAUGAUUCUGAAUACUGGUGAUGUUCCAAACAUCUUUCCCGCAGAUGAGAAGGCGGAUGUUAUUGAAAAGAUGCAAACUGUGGCCAGAGUAGAGGGCCGUAAAAUCGACGCCACCCCGCUGGCGAUGUACAACUUCUUUAUCGAGCGAGUUCGUGCAAACCUUCAUGUGGUGUUGGCUAUGAGUCCUAUUGGCGAUGCUUUCAGAAGCCGAAUGCGAAUGUUUCCUUCGCUCAUCAACUGCUGCACCAUCGACUGGUUCCAGGCGUGGCCGGAAGACGCACUGGAGAUGGUGGCCAACAAAUUUCUUGAAGAAGUGGACAUGGCUCACGAAGUUCGUAAGGAAUGUGUGUACAUGUGCAAGUAUUUCCAUGAGAGUGUCAGAGAAUUAUCAGACAGCUUUUACGAUUCUCUUAGACGCCGAAAUUACGUCACGCCAACGUCAUAUCUUGAACUCAUCAUGACGUUCAAGAAACUCUUGGACAUCAAAAGACAAGAAAUAAUGACACUCAAACAGCGUUACGUCACAGGUCUGGAGAAGUUGGACUUCGCUUCCUCCCAAGUAUCUGUCAUGCAACAGGAGCUCAGUGAUCUGCAACCAGAGCUAAUCAAGACUUCGGCGGAGACGGAAAAGCUGAUGAUAAAAAUUGAACAGGACACUGUUGAAGUUGAAGCUAAGAAAGAGGUUGUGGCAGCCGAUGAGGCGGUAGCAAGUGAAGCAGCAGCUGUAGCCAAAGGAAUAAAGGAGGAAUGCGAGAGUGACUUGGCAGAAGCCAUGCCGGCGCUAGAGGCCGCCAUGCAGGCCCUGAACACACUUAAACCAAGUGACAUUAGUAUGGUUAAAACAAUGAAGAACCCACCUGCUGCAGUGAAGCUGGUCAUGGAAGCUGUAUGUAUCAUGAAAGGCCUCAAACCCGAAAGAAAGCCUGAUCCCUCGGGCUCGGGACGAAUGGUGGAAGACUACUGGGGUCCUUCUCAGAAGAUGCUGGGAGACAUGAAAUUCUUGGAGUCUUUGAAAGUUUAUGACAAGGACAACAUUCCAGCCGCCAUUAUUAAAAAGAUCAGAGAGAAAUAUGUAACCAAUCCUGAUUUUGACCCCAAUAACAUUCGUUCAGUCUCCUCAGCCUGCGAAGGACUAUGUAGAUGGGUGCGCGCUAUGGAAGUGUACGAAAGGGUGGCGAAGGUUGUCGCCCCCAAGAAGAUAAAGCUUGCUGAAGCAGAGGCCGAACUUUCCGUGCAAAUGGAGAAAUUAAACGCCAAGCGAGCUCAACUGAAAGAGGUUGUCGAUAAACUUCAAGCACUGAAUGACGAAUUUGACGCAAUGACCAACAAGAAGAAAGAAUUAGAGGCCAACAUUCUGAUCUGCGAGCAAAAGCUGGACCGAGCCGAAAAACUGAUAGGAGGACUGGGUGGCGAGAAAGACCGCUGGACUGAAGCGGCGCGGGUGCUGGGAGAGAGAUAUGACAGGAUCACCGGUGAUGUGCUUCUGUCCUCUGGGGUGGUAGCGUAUUUGGGCCCUUUCACUGUGGACUUUAGAAACGACUGUAUAUCCAGUUGGGUAGAACAAUGCAAUGUCAAAAAGAUCCCUUGUUCGGAAUCGUUCUCUCUGAACGCGACUCUUGGUAGCCCGGUUAAGAUUCGCGCAUGGAACAUUGCUGGUCUUCCUGUGGAUUCGUUCUCAGUUGACAAUGGUAUUGUUGUGGACAACGCACGAAGGUGGCCGCUUAUGAUAGACCCUCAAGGUCAAGCCAACAAAUGGAUCAAGAACAUGGAGAAAGAAAACAAACUGUCCGUUAUCAAGCUUUCUGACUCAAACUAUAUCCGUACCCUGGAAAACAGUAUUACGUUUGGUACGCCAGUGUUGAUGGAAAAUGUUGGAGAGGAAUUGGAUCCUAUACUUGAGCCACUGCUCCUAAAACAGACAUUUAAACAAGGCGGUGUAGAGUAUCUCAAACUCGGCGAAAACAGCAUUGAGUACUCACGUGACUUCCGAUUUUACAUCACCACGCGCCUGCGAAAUCCACAUUACCUGCCGGAAAUCUCCGUCAAGGUGACACUAGUGAACUUCAUGAUCACUCCCUUGGGUCUGGAGGAUCAAUUGCUGGGGAUUGUCGCCGCUAAAGAGAAACCUGAGCUUGAGGAAAAGAAGAAUCAGCUUAUUUUGGAAAGUGCUGCAAAUAAAAAACAGCUCAAAGAAAUUGAAGAUAAGAUUUUAGAGGUCUUGUCGUCGUCUGAGGGAAAUAUCCUGGAGGAUGAAACUGCAAUCAAGAUCCUUUCAUCGUCUAAAGUUCUCUCCGAAGAAAUCUCUGCCAAGCAGGAAAUCGCCACGGCAACGGAGAAAGAAAUAGACGAGACACGUAAUGGCUACAAGCCUGUCGCAGUACACUCGUCCAUAUUGUUCUUCUGUAUCUCGGACCUGGCCAAUAUUGAGCCUAUGUACCAGUAUUCACUCGCCUGGUUUAUUAACCUGUACCUUCAGUCCAUUAGCAACAGCAGGCCUUCAGCUGACUUGGAAGAAAGAAUUGGAAAUUUGAACGAUCACUUCACGCAAAGCGUUUACUCUAACGUGUGUCGCUCAUUGUUUGAGAAAGACAAGCUGUUGUUUUCAAUUACUCUUACUAUCGGCAUCUUGAAGGGAAGGGGUAAAGUUGAUGAUCAAGUUUGGAGGUUUCUACUUACUGGAGGUGUUGCUUUGGAAAACCCAUUUCCAAACCCGUGCUCAGAGUGGUUAAGCGAGAAAGCUUGGUCCGAGAUCGUGAGGGCUUCCGAUCUACCCAACCUAAAUGGACUCAAAGACAGUUUCCCAGAUCCAGGUUGGAAAGCAUUCUACGACUCGGCAACUCCACAUUCAGAAAAAAUGCCCGAUCCUUGGGAUGCGGUGUCGGGUCUAGACAGGCUGGUGAUUCUACGUUGUCUCAGGCCUGAUAAGAUCGUUCCUGCAGUUCAGGACUAUAUUGUGGAGAACAUGGGUCGUUCGUACAUUGAACCGCCAACAUUCAAUCUUCAACUGAGUUAUAAUGAUUCCCAUUGCUGCGCGCCUCUGAUCUUUGUGUUGUCGCCUGGGGCCGAUCCAAUGGCUGGGCUGCUGAAGUUCGCCAGUGAUAAAGGCUUUGGAGGAAACAGAAUUCAGACUAUAUCUCUCGGACAAGGACAGGGUCCUAUAGCAGCUCGGAUGAUAGAACAGGCUCUAAAGAAAGGUACAUGGGUGGUGCUGCAGAACUGUCACUUAGCAACCAGCUGGAUGUCAAAACUGGAGAAGAUCUGUGAAGACGUCCUUGUCCCUGACAACACACACAAAGAUUUCAGGUUAUGGCUCACCAGUUACCCAUCACCAGACUUCCCCGUCUCUAUUUUGCAGAACGGAGUGAAGAUGACCAACGAACCUCCGAAAGGUCUGCGCUCGAACUUACUGCGCUCUUACUUAAACGAUCCCAUUUCAGACAGAGAGUUCUUUACUGCUUGUAAUAAGCCAGCACCUUGGGAGAAGCUGCUGUUUGGUCUUUGUUUCUUCCACGCCUUGGUGCAGGAGAGAAGGAAGUUUGGUCCUUUAGGGUGGAACAUUCCGUACGAGUUCAACGAGUCAGACUUGAGGAUCAGCAUGAGACAGUUGCAGAUGUUUUUAAACGACUAUAGUGAAGUUCCCAUGGAUGCUCUGACCUAUCUGAUUGGCCAGUGUAAUUAUGGCGGUCGGGUGACUGAUGACAAAGAUCGUCGACUGUUGGUUUGCCUCCUGUCUAUUUUUGUGUGUGACGAGAUCAUACAAAGUGAUGAUCACAGGUUUUCAGACAGCGGUACAUAUUACGCGCCUACUAAGGGAGAUUACGAAUCAUACGUGGACUACAUCCGGGACUUACCUCUCAUUCCUCAUCCAGAAGUGUUUGGUCUCCAUGAAAAUGCAGACAUUACUAAGGACCAGAAGGAAACUCAGGAGUUGUUUGACAGCAUCUUGUUGACCCUGCCCCGUCAGACAGGAGGCGGUGGGAAGUCGUCAGCUGAGGUGAUAGAGGAACUUGCCGCAGACAUCCUGUCGAAGUUUCCUCCCCCGUUUGACAUAGAGAUGGUGAUGAACAAGUACCCUGUGGUUUAUGAGGAGUCCAUGAACACUGUGCUGAGACAGGAACUCAUCCGGUUUAACCGGCUCACAGAGGUGGUGCGAGGCACGCUGUUUAAUCUGCAAAAGGCUAUCAAGGGUCUGGUUGUUAUGUCUGGUGAUCUUGAAGAUGUGUUUAACAAUAUGUUGGUCGGCAAAGUCCCGGCUGUAUGGUCUGCUAAAUCCUAUCCGUCUCUGAAACCUCUCGGAAGCUAUGUAACUGAUCUGUUGGAAAGAUUAACAUUCUUCCAAGACUGGAUCGACCACGGCGUGCCUAAUGUGUUCUGGGUCUCUGGAUUUUACUUCACUCAAUCGUUCUUGACAGGCGCCCGCCAAAACUUUGCUCGUAAGUACACCAUUCCUAUUGAUCACGUGGGUUUCCAGUUUGAAGUAACUAAGAGCGAAAGAGAAAUGGAAAAAAAACCAGAAGAUGGAGUCUAUGUAUACGGCCUGUUUUUAGAAGGAGCCCGCUGGGAUAGAGAGGAAAUGGUUGUGUCUGAAUCUCAGCCAAAAAUCUUAUUUGAUACUUUACCUGUGAUGUGGAUUAUCCCUGGUGAAAAAUCUACUUUCAAACCUAAAGCAACCUACUCCAGCCCAGUGUACAAGACAAGCGCUCGCCGGGGUACUUUGUCCACCACUGGUCACUCGACAAACUUUGUUAUGUACGUGGACUUGCCGUCAAACAAACCCGAGAGGCACUGGGUCAACAGGGGCGUGGCACUGCUUUGCCAAUUAGAUGACUAGUGAUGAGUGACGGAUCAUUUAUAUCGCUUUAAAUGGCUUCUCUUUGUUUUGCUUUUUUGGAAGAAUUUAAGUUUGGAGUGUGUGGGAUUGAAUUAUUGCUUAUUUAUAAAAUAAAUAACUUAUUGCCUUUAAACGAAUCUUAAUGUGAAAUAGUUUGAACUUCAGGCGCAGUGUGAACUUUUUCGGAUUUAUUUUCCUUUGUCUUUUCUAGUUUAAAGUUGCUUCAGUGUUUUGAAGUUUUUUUUUUUUACAUUAGAAAUCAUACGUUCAUACGUCCUUUCCAGUUUCAAACAAAGUUUUACAUACAUGUACGUAGUUUGAUAUCCUUGCUUAAAGAGUGAAAACGUAUUUAUUUACAAAAGCUGUUGUAGAGCAACAGGGUUAAGGUCUUCUCAGUUGUACAUAGCCAGAGAUAUUUUGAAAAAUGCAAGGUAACUUAAAUAAAAGAGUGGUUUGUAACCAGGCUUAAAACUUUAUCCUAGUUUUGUAUGCAAAAAAGAGUGAGGUAAACCUGAAUAUGUCAAUAAACACGGUAGUGUUUUGCUAUACUAA